AUGUCUAGAAAGGUCAAUGACUACGUAAUAGAUGACGUGAUUCAAGGCAUAAAAAACACUUUGCAAAAGCAUUCAUCAAGUUUUAAAGGAAAUUCAUCAAAAAAUUCGCUAAAUGCAACUCCAGAAAGAAGCAGGGAUCUUAGUUUGAGAAUAAGCAGCAUUGAAUCUUCACAAAUGAAAAAACUUGACAACAUAGACUUAGCAUCAUCACGGCAUAUCUCUCCAAAUCGCGUCUAUUCUGAGUCUAUGCGACCUUUUAGAUCUGAAUCUACUUCUAUAAAUCCAAUUAUAUCACCUGAUAAAAGUGCAUCAAGUGAAGUCUUCCAAAAAUAUUUAAAUUCAGGACCAAAAAGCCCGCUAGGAAGUGAUUCUAUUAGAGGUCUUUCUUCAAGGUUAGAAUCAAUUCCUUCCCCUCGUAAUAAAAACCUUGAAAUCACUUUUAAAGAACAAAGCCAAGAGUUGGAAAACUUAUUCCUCGCUAAAGAAAGAUUGGAAACUGAGCUUCAGGAGUCUAAAUUCCAGUUAUCAGAUUUAAUGAUUUCUAACUCCCCACCCCUCUUAAUGAGAAUAACCAUUAGAUUGUCUAUCUGUGGGAAAUUAAAUCCUUGGCUACGAUCAAAAUAUUUUAAUAUAAAUUUUGUGGCUUAAAAACGCAUUUUAAUAUAUGAUUUAUAAUUAUAAUAUUGAAAUCCAGAUCAAAUUAUAUUAAAUUUUAGGCCAAAUAUUCACAAAUUUUGAUUUUCACUAUCCGAAACAAAAUUAUAACUUGAAUAGAAAGCAAGGGCGGAGUAAAGAUAACCAAAUAAAUGAGCUUCUUAUAAAGCUGCAAGAUGCAUUAGGUAUGAAUGAAAUGCUUAUCCUUCAAUUAAUAAUUUCAAUUUUUUUCUCAAAUAUUUAUAUAAGGUUUUUAAUAAUAAGUUUUUUUUUUAAUUUCAGUAUAUGAGCCAAUUAUGAUUGCUCACUUUGAUAUAUUAUUAAAUAAUUAUUCUUUUACCAAAUCCAAACAUUUAAAGAUUUAGAUCACACUCAAUUAUAUCGAGCAAAAAAUUUCUCUUUAUUAAUAUAGAUAAAGAAGUUAGAAAAGAAAAAUUUUCGAUUGAGCAAGAAUUAAAUAGCUUAAAAAAUUGUUUCGAGGAAAUCAGGGAUGUUACUAGCUCGGCUAAUGAUCUUGAAAGAAGAAUCAGUAUCUUGCAUAGUGAAAACAGAGGCUUAUCUAAUGAAAAUAUGAGUUUUAAACAAAAUUUGAAAAUUCUAGAGACUGAGAUGAAUUAUAAGGAUACCAAAAUAGCAGCAUUAAAUGAAGAAAUUGCAGUACUUAAAAAGCUUAAUGGAGACUUUGAAGACAAAGUUCUUGAGUUUAAAAGGGAGCAAUUUUCUGCAUUAAAAGAAAAUGAUGAGCUAAAAACUAAAAUAAAAGAAAAAGACAGAAUAAUUGAAGAUUUUCAGAAAGACAAAAAAGAUCUGGAAGAUAGGCUAAAUAAUAUGAAAGAGCUAUUAAGAGAGUCAGCAGAAGCUAGGUAUUUAGGGAAAACCUAUAAUGCCCCUUUAAAAAUGACAAAUGAAGAUGUUAAAGGCUGGUUUAGUGUGAAAGGAACUCCAAAAGGAAAUUUCUCUGCAACAGAUGAUUUUAAGAACUCUUCACGCCCACGUUCAUUGAGCAAAUCAAGAAAACGAUCAUCAUCUAUCGGGGAUAUCACUAGCCCUAAGUCAUAUGGCUUUCACGGAAAACGUGAUAAAAGUCCUUUGCAUAAGCAUUCCUCAAAAUCAUCUAUUACAUCUGCUACGAAAUCAAAAAUAAUCAGAGACCUUCAAGAUGUUGUAAUGGAGCUUCAAGAACUUUUUUCAGUAAGCAAUCCAAAUAAAGUAGUUUCUGCAGCUUACGACUUGAAAAAAGUAAAUGAACAGUUACUGAAUUUUAUAGGAGAAGUUAGAGAAAUUAUAUGUAGAGAACUUAAUAUUGAAAGCAAGCAUAUAGAAAUGAUGGAACUUUUAAAACUGACCCACAAAAUUGUUGAUGAAGUCCACGCUGGAAAGCACUGUCGUACUGUUUUAGAUAAGCUAGUAGUUGCCCUUGAUAUUAAAAGUGUCGACGACUUGCCUAAAACAAUUACAGAUAUUCUUAAAGAAACUGAAAACCUUUUAUUAAUUCUCAACAAAGUUAAAGCGAUAUUUAGACUAGGUAAAGUUUAUUUAGAUUACCGCAUAUCAUUAUCAGAAUUAGAAACAGAAAUCGAUAAAAGACUUUAA